CCCUCCUCGGUGGGUAACCAUGAAGGCUGCCCUGCCUUUGUGCGCGGUGGGCGGUGCUCCGUCCUCGUCUCAGCCCCUGACGCUGGGGUCUGUACUGCAGCUGUGGCUGUGUGAGCUGUGGAUCCUGCUGAUGUGCUCGGGUUUGAACGCCGGCGUUCUGCCUCACGAAGAGAACGUGGACUUCAUCAACGAGUACAUCACUCUCCAUAAUGAGAUCCGAGGCAGCGUCUUCCCCAAAGGGUCUAACCUGCGCUUCAUGACUUGGGAUGUAGCUUUAUCACGUACUGCUAGAGCAUGGGGGAAAAAAUGUGUGUAUCAACGUAAUACGCAUUUAGACAAAGACCAUGAGGCCCAUCCUGAAUUUACCGUUGUUGGCGAAAACAUGUGGGUUGGUCCUGAAGAGGAAUUUACUGCAAGUAUCGCUAUCAAAAGUUGGCAUGAGGAAAGGAAAAGCUAUAAUUUUCACAACAACACCUGCGUUGAUGAUGACUGCUCCCAUUAUAUUCAGCUUGUUUGGGACAAUUCCUUCAAAGUUGGUUGUGCUGUUACUCCAUGUAAAAGACUUGGCGGUAUCCUACAUGCAGCACUUUUCAUAUGCAAUUAUGCACCAGGGAUAAUUCUGGCAAGGAGGCCUUAUGAAGCCGGGCCGCAUUGUAGUCAGUGUGCCCCUCGCGACAAGUGCACAGACUUUCUAUGCAGUGAUGCAGUUCGUGACCAAGCUACAUAUUACCCGUUCUGGUACCCACAUUGGGAAGUGCCCCGCCCACUCGUGUGUGAUCUUCUGUGCAUGUUCAUCUUUUCGCUGAGACUAGCAUGCUUUGUGCUCUGUGUUAUCGUUGUUUUGAUAAUACAGUUUCGAUUCCCAGAUAUCCUAAAGGAAAAGAAGAUACUCUCAGAGAGUAAGAUGUUUUCAGCAGAGGAGGAAAUGAAACCUGAGGAGGAAGAAGAAGAAGAAGAGACAGAGAUCAGGGAGGAGACGGAGAUCAACACGGAGGAAGAAGACUAAGGAUAAGGAGGAGAUGACCUCAGUAAAGCCCAACAGAAAAAAAUCCCAAAACAUUGAAAAGUAGAAUGCUGAACU